GGGAAGAGGACCCCUCUUCUCUUCUCUUCCUCUCUUAUGGAUACCUCUCAUGCAAUUUGAGUAGUAGCAUUAGGCACUUUUCACAGCAUUCUCUCGAAAUCUUGACACGUUUCUUGGAAUAAAAAUAUGUAGGACCCAGUUCCUUCAUGUAUAUAUAGCCACAUCCCCUCUUGCCUCUCCCUCCAACUAUCCAUAUUCAGAACUCAAUCCCCUUAAAACAAACAAACCGCAAAAAAAAACUCAUUGAGAGGCUUACAUAUUUUCACCCUCCCAUUUAAACUUUUUCUUUUGUUUUGUUUUUUUUUUUCUUUUCCGUUUUCUUUUUUCCAAAGGAAAAACUUCUUUAUUCAGAAAAGAUUAAUUAUUAGUUUUCUUGCUUGAUAUGUGCAACCCAAAACCAUCUUCUCCAUCCUCAUUCCUUUGUCCCAAGAAAACCUGUUUCUCUAUACCCAACAACAAAAAUAUGGAUCUUUAUGCUCAUGAUGUUGAAGAGGAACUACAUAGAUGGCCUACUCCUUCAGAGGUCUUAGAAGAAAUCAAAGCUAUAGGGAAGAUCUCAGGCCCAACAGCAAUCACGGGUCUCAUUCUGUAUUCAAGGGCCAUGAUCUCUAUGCUUUUUCUUGGUUAUCUCGGUGAACUUGAGCUUGCUGGUGGCUCUCUUUCCAUUGGUUUCGCUAACAUCACUGGUUACUCUGUUAUCUCUGGACUAGCUAUGGGAAUGGAGCCUAUUUGUGGACAAGCUUAUGGUGCUAAACAAAUGAAACUUCUUGGUCUGACCCUUCAAAGAACUGUUCUUCUUCUCCUUUCUACUUCUGUUCCUAUCUCUUUCAUGUGGCUGAACAUGAAAAGAAUCCUUUUAUGGUGCGGUCAAGACCAAGAAAUAUCUUCAACGGCUCAUACUUUCAUUCUUUUUGCCAUUCCUGACCUUUUCUUUCUUUCUCUUCUUCACCCACUUCGGGUCUAUCUUAGGACUCAAAGUAUCACACUACCAUUAACUUAUUGUUCAGCUAUCUCCGUUCUUCUUCAUGUCCCUUUAAAUUUUCUCCUUGUUGUCCAUUUUAAAUUAGGUGUUGCUGGAGUGGCCAUAGCCAUGGUUUGGACUAAUCUUAAUCUCUUCCUUUUUCUCAUUUCCUUUAUCUACUUCUCUGGCAUAUACAAAGAUUCUUGGGUUGCUCCAAGCAUGGAUUGUCUCAGAGGAUGGUCAUCUCUACUUGCUCUAGCUGUUCCAACUUGCGUUUCUGUUUGCCUCGAGUGGUGGUGGUACGAAUUCAUGAUAAUGUUAUGUGGCCUUCUUGUAAAUCCAAAAGCUACCAUAGCUUCAAUGGGUAUACUUAUCCAAACAACUUCUUUAGUCUAUGUAUUCCCAUCCUCGCUGAGCCUCGGUGUCUCCACUAGAGUUGGAAAUGAACUAGGGGCUAACCGGCCAGCGAAAGCCCGAAUAUCCAUGAUUGUUUCACUCUCUUGUGCAGUUGGCUUAGGCCUUUUGGCUAUGCUAUUCACAACAUUAAUGAGACAUCAAUGGGGAAGAUUCUUCACAAAUGAUGUUGAGAUAUUGGAGCUGACUGCAGUAGCAUUGCCAAUUGUUGGAUUGUGUGAGCUGGGAAAUUGCCCACAAACAGCAGGAUGUGGAGUACUUAGAGGAAGUGCUAGACCAACUAUUGGUGCUAAUAUCAACUUAGGAUCGUUUUACUUGGUUGGCAUGCCGGUAGGAAUGUUGAUGGGAUUUGUAGCAAAAAUGGGAUUUGCAGGAUUAUGGCUGGGGUUGCUUGCAGCUCAAGCCUCGUGUGCCAUACUCAUGCUGUAUGUGCUUUGCAGAACAGAUUGGUCGGUUCAAGCAGAGAGAGCAAGAAAGCUUACACAAACUUCUGCAACAAAUAGCGCAUCAAUAUUACCAGUAUCAUCAGCAACAAAACCAGAGGGUAUUACUAAUAAUACUGUGAUGAAGAUCAAGAAUAAGAAGGCUAAUCUUGAAGAGAUUUUGAGCAUUGAUGAUGAGCUUGUGAAGUCAACUUCACUUGAAACAGACCCACUAAUAUCUAAUACAACAUGAAGUGUGCAUUGAAUAUUAACAGUCCAUUUUUGCCCCACUCUUGUGAAUUUUUAUUUAUUGGAGUGUUCCUAUUUUCUUCUA